AUGCGUCAAAAGAGAGCGAAAUCUUAUAGGAAGCAAAUGCUUGUCUACAACCACAACUUCAAAUUUAGAGAACCAUACCAGGUUUUGGUUGACGACCAAAUCGUCUGUGAUACACACAGAGCGUCUUUUGACCUUGUCAAAGGGCUUCAGCGAACCCUUCAGGCGGAAGUGAAGCCCAUGAUCACCCAGUGCUGUAUCCAGGCCAUCUAUGAAACAAAAAACCAGGACGCUAUCGAACUAGCCAAAUCCUUUGAGAGAAGGCGCUGCAACCAUCCACCUAAAGAAGCCAAGCCUCCCAUAGAGUGUCUCCAAAGCGUAGUUAGUGUGAAUGGGAAUAACAAGCACAGGUACGUGGUUGCUAGCCAGGAUCCUAGCAUUCGCAAGAAGCUUAGACAAGUUCCGGGUGUGCCGCUGAUAUACAUGAAUCGUUCUGUAAUGGUCAUGGAACCUUUGAGCAAGGCUAGCGGAGACUUCAGUCGCGCCCAGGAAAAGGAGAAGUUAUUUAAAGGGUUGAAUGAUCCCAAGUAUGCUGGCCUUCCAGCAGAGGAAGAAGGAGGAAAGACCGACAAUGGUACUGAGGUAUCGAAAAACAAGCGCAAAGGCCCCAAGGGGCCUAAUCCUCUCAGCAUAAAGAAAAAAAAGACAGUACCGGAUUCAAAGGACGAAAGCCCACCCUCAGAUAAGAUAUCCGUAACGGACGCGGAGCCGGUGGACCGGUCUUCUUCCGGCCGUCGCCGUAGAAGGCACCAUAAAAGGAGCAGUACAGAAGCUGGAGAGGAGGGCGAGUCUGGGAACAUUAGUAGUUAG